CUCAAUUUAUUAUUAUGUAGUUGGUAAACUUCGCGCUAAACAUCAAAAUUAUUAUACACAUUAUUUUGGUAACGUCAAUUGAUGAAAAUAUUUGAUUUUAGACAUUUCGUUGAUCAAAGAAAUUUUUAUUAUGGUGCGCACAAGAGGUGGACCUACUAAAGUAAGUGCCGGUAAGGCCCCAGGUAAAAGUAGCAGGACGGUCGCAGUGGUUUCAGUAGGAGAAUCAAGAGGUGGUUCUUCUGGCUCAAAACUUAAUCAAUCUUUUGGCAAUUCAUAUCAUCCCCGUGAAACACCUAGUUGGCAAAAGCCUAUAAAUAGUUUUUUCCAAAAUGGAGGAAAACCAAACGUAGAUAAUAAUUCAUUAAUGACAAAACUUGAAGAAGACAAGGAAAAUGUACCUGGCUGUUCAGCUCAAACUAUGAAAGAUGAAGCAGAAGCAACAGACAGCAUAAAUGAAAAGUCCGAUUUAUAAAAACAAAUUCCAAACUAAAUUAUAAAAUAAAUACUAAUUGCGAUAUAGGGUCAUACUUAUAAGCUUUUAUUUGGUAACAAAAUAUUUUAUAGCUCAAGAAAUUUAAUGGAAUGCAUUUAAUGCAUAUAACUUUAGCUAUUAGUUCUUUUUUAAAUAUAGUUUUUUAAACAAAAUGUAUAAAUAUUGAAUGUAUGUGUGA